AUGGCCGUUCAUAGCCUUGUUCGGGGUUAUAAGCGGAGGUUGGAACAUAGUAGAUUUGAUGAUGUAUUCGGAGUUUCUGGAGAUGGAGUGACCGUUAUGGAAUUUCUUAGAGACCUGUCAAGGAAGUUCAACCUGAGUGGACAAGUCAGAACGAGUGAGAACCACAUGAUUAACACCUUAAUAUCUUGUGAACUCAUGGUCGAAGGUGUGCUGAAUAGCCUUUGCUCGGGUAUGUUAGUUACCCCUAGGUUAAACUUACGAAGGGGAGGCGAAGUUAAAUCAAAACCGCAGUGGACGGCGGCGGAUACUUAA